UAUACACAAGUGGCAAAUGCUUAAAAUGCCCCACAGUUUUUCUCCCACUGGCAUAAGUGUCACUUACGCUUCAUUGUGAUAGCAGCCCAUGUAUCACAAGUUACAGCGAGUGCCCAAACAACCCAAGCUAGCCACUCCCAAAUCGUCAACUGUUUUUUUUUUCCAUAUUACUCGUGUUGUCACUAUUGCGUGCGCUUUGUUUAGUGGGAUUUUGCACUAAACGCUAGUGUUGUCACAAUACCGAAAUCAUGACUUCGAUAUGAUACCUGCCUUAAAUAUUUCGAUACCGAUACUAAAACGAUACCACAGCAAAAAACUAAGUAAGGUGGUGCUGUAAACAAGCUUAUGAUUGGCUGGAAACUAAACCUAGGACUGAACGUAUAUGCCUACAGUUAAGGAACGACCGAGUUGGUGCGUGAUUUGAUGAAUGAGAGAGUCUCUCCACUCCUUUGGAUCUCUCCUCAUUUGGAACAAUAAUGGGAGACCGGAAGGGGGGAACGAGAUGGUCCGGACGGUGCAGACCUCCCCAGACUGGUCAGUAAUGAGCGGCUCUCCACAGCGCAUCCAGAUCAUUUCUGCUGAUUCUGCUGUCUCCACAGCACAGCACAUACAGAUCGUCACUGACCAGCAGACAGGGCAGAAGAUCCAGAUCGUCACUGCAGUGGACCCUUCAAGCACUUCCAAGCAGCAGUUCAUCCUAGCAGCUCCCGAUGGCUCGAGCGCCAGUAAGGUCAUCCUGGCCUCGCCAGAGACGCAGAACACCAAGCAGCUCAUCUUCACCACAGCCGACAGUAUCAUGCCUGGCCGCAUACAGAUCGUGACGGACGCCGCGUCGGUGGAGCGUCUCCUUGGGAAGGCGGGCGAUGUGGGCCGCCCGCAGCCUGUGGAGUACUGCGUGGUGUGCGGAGACAAAGCCUCAGGUCGUCACUAUGGUGCCGUCAGCUGCGAAGGCUGCAAGGGCUUCUUCAAGAGGAGCGUGAGGAAGAACCUGACUUACAGCUGCCGCAGCAACCAGGACUGCGUCGUCAACAAACACCACCGCAACCGCUGCCAGUUUUGCCGUUUGAGGAAGUGCUUGGAGAUGGGCAUGAAGAUGGAAUCUGUGCAGAGUGAACGUAAGCCGAUUGACUUGCCGCGGGAGAAGCCAGCAAACUGUGCUGCAUCCACCGAAAAGAUUUACAUCAGGAAAGACCUGCGUAGCCCCCUUAUAGCCACGCCCACCUUCAUCACAGAUAAGGAUGGCUCCAGGUCCAGCCUGCUCGACCCAGGGAUGUUAGUGAACAUUCAGCAGCCUCUAAUGCAGGCAGAUGGGACGUUACUUUUAGCCACAGAUGCAAAGGCCGAGUCCAGCCAAGGGGACCUGGGAACACUGGCCAACGUGGUGACCUCUCUUGCCAACCUAAAUGAAUCUCUGAAUAAUGGAGAUACCGUGGAUGUCCAGCAGGAAGAGCAAUCAGCCAGCGAAAUCACUCGUGCCUUCGACACCCUGGCCAAAGCCCUGAACCCCACGGAUGGCAGCGAAGGGCGGAACCUGGUAGAAAGCGUGGACGGGGCUGGCGGGGCUGCCAUCCAGGUGAUCAGCAGGGACCAGGCCACGCCCAUCAUGGAGGUGGAGGGGCCGCUGCUCACUGACACACAUGUCAGUUUUAAGCUGACCAUGCCCAGCCCCAUGCCCGAGUACCUGAACGUCCAUUACAUCUGCGAGUCGGCGUCCCGCCUGCUAUUCCUGUCCAUGCACUGGGCACGCUCCAUCCCCGCCUUCCAGGCCCUCGGUCAGGACUGUAACACCAGCCUGGUGCGUGCCUGCUGGAAUGAGCUCUUCACACUGGGGCUGGCCCAGUGCUCACAAGUUAUGAGUCUCUCCACCAUCCUCGCCGCCAUCGUCAACCACCUGCAGAGCAGCAUCCAGGACGACAAGUUGUCGGGAGACCGGAUCAAGCUGGUGAUGGAGCACAUCUGGAAGCUACAGGAGUUCUGCAACAGCAUGGCCAAGCUGGAGACAGACGGCUAUGAAUACGCGUACCUGAAGGCCAUCGUGCUGUUCAGCCCCGACCACCCAGGUCUGAGCAGCACCAGCCAAAUAGAGAAGUUCCAGGAGAAAGCCCAGAUGGAGCUGCAGGAUUAUAUUCAGAAGACCUACCCAGAUGACACUUACAGGCUGGCCCGCAUCCUGAUGCGCCUUCCUGCCCUGCGUCUGAUGAGCUCCAGCAUCACGGAGGAGCUCUUCUUCACCGGCCUCAUCGGCAACGUGCCCAUCGACAGCAUCAUCCCCUACAUCCUGAAGAUGGAGACGGCCGAGUACAACAGCCAGAUCACGGGCACCUCAGCGUGACUCACGCCUCCCAGUGCAAGGACGCCUUUCCAAGCUCACACUUUAUGAUGUUUUUUUAAAAAAGACGUUAUUUGUUUUUGUAAAAUGGGAAUUCAGUGAGAAUCACUGACUCUGAUUAAAGCUUAGCUAUUCCAUCUAGGUUCCCCACCCCUUCUGACCAGGUACUCUGAGUUGACGUGCUCUAUAGGGUGUUCGUAGAUUGGGGGUUUUGGGGGGGGGGGGGGUCCAGCUACUAACCCACAUCUCUCCUGAAGUGCCCCAUCUGAGGAGGAACAAGCCCUUUGGUCUGCACCUUUGCCCUUCCUUAGUGUGCAUUGGGCAGCACUUCACCAGACCGAAGCCUGUUACAGCUGUCAACUUUUUAAACUAGGCAAGGCUACUGUCCCAUUUAAUCUCUUUGCUUAGGUUCAUGAUGGCUGCCGCAUUCUAGCGGAGAGCAGGGCACCGCUAACGAUUUUAGGCCCCAAAUCCAGAUCAAUCUAAUCAUCAGGGCCCCUAAAUUGUCCCAACCUGCCCCCUCUCCCCCUUUACAGUGCCCCCCCUCUCCCUUUACAGUGCCCCUGGGGUUGCACAUUCUGUCGCUUAGGAGAAACAGAAAUCUGAAAUAAUGUGAAUCAAGUUUAAUUGUGAGUGGCAUGGUGGUGCAGUGGUUAGCACUGUUGCACCUCUGGGACCAGGGUUCAAGUCUCCAUGUGUGUGGAGUUUGCAUGUUCUCCUAGUGUCGUUCUGGGGUUUCCCUCCGGUACCCUGGUUUGCCCCCACAGUCCAAAAACAUGCUAAGAUUAACUGGAGUUACCAAAUUGCCCACAGGUGUGAGUGAAUUGGCUGUGAGUGAAUUGGCUGUGAGUGAAUUGGCUGUGAGUGAAUUGGCUGUGAGUGUACCCUGGGACAGGUUGGCCCCCCUUCCUGGGUUGUUCCAUGCCUUGCACCCGAAGGCUCCGGACCCCCCGACCCUGAAUAGGACAAGCAGUUACAGAAUGGGUGGAUGGAUGGAGUUUAAUUGAGUUCUGGUUAGUACUUCAUUUUGGAAGUAAUCAAAGUUACCAAGUAAUUUAUUUAGUAAAACAUGGGCUACCUUGAUUCUCAGUAGAUUUAAUUCCCCCCAAGUACUCUUGAAUGAAAUUUUUUUUCCAUGGUGCCCUUCAAACUAGAAAUAGUUCUUUUACAUUCUCAAAUGUUUUGCACUUAAUUGUUGGACUCAGUAGUUGGCCAUUUCACAUUAUUUGUGAAGCACAGUAAAUAAGCUCAGCUCACACUAUUUAUGUUCUACAUGAAAAUGUCAUCCUACAUUUCCUAGAUGUCAGUGUCUGUACGUGUUUUGUUUUCAGUCACAGGUACUUGUUAAAUCCACAGAAUAUUGCAUCAGGUUAUGGUUUAGUUAUUGUUGUAUUUGUUGCCUGUGGUUUUUAGUUAAUGUCUUUUAGAUUGUUUAUGCUUCCCUUAGUGGUUUUAUUUAGGCCUAUAACAUUAGGAUUAAUGUCCCCCCUCCAUGUCUGCACUAUAAUGCUUUCAUCACCCCCAUUUCUGUUGCUGCCAUGACAAUCAAGCGUUGUAUAAGAGGCAUUCGUUACUUUUUGAAAGCCUGGAAUUUUGUUGUGUUUUUUAAAAUUUAUUUAUUGUUCUUGGUGUUUUACAUUUUCUCAUAAAGAAAAUAUGCAGUAGAUGUUAAUACCCGUGGGGGCCUUGGUUCGGCAGUUCUGAGUUGUCAUGUCGUGGUUUAGCUGAGAAUGGCUGACGCUGUGGGUCUUACACCAAUGCAUCCUUCCCAAGUUUUUUUCCUAAGAUUACGUACUCCUGAUUCUAAUGUAAAAUCACAUUAUUGUAAAUAUGUAUGUGUGUUCGCUCUGUUCUACAAGUUGCGUGUUCCGUUAUUAAUGCCGUAAGCUUUUGCGUUUAACACUUUGAUUAUCAAUUGCAUAUAAAUCCAAGGUUUUUACUGCACGCUGACUAUUGAGAUAUGCGUAUUGAGAUGUGAUCGAUUGUCUAUAUUUAUAGGUCAAAAGAAAUAACUCUUGAUUUGUCUUAAAACUAUGGUUUUCUCACUAAACGAAUGGUACUGUAAGUACCAAUGCUGAUUUCUGCAGUUUGACAUGGAGUAAAAAAAAACAUGUCUGUAAAAGUAACAGAUAUUAUAAGAAUCAGAACUAAUGUAUAUCUUACAUUUUUAAUGAUAACUGUGUGUAUGUCACUCACUUAUUGGGUUUUAAACCUUCCAAGACUGUUGCAUAUGACUGGUCUUUUAUGUGAAUUGAGCUUUGUACUGUACAUGUAAUUUCAUUAAAAUGAGUGCAUGUCCUUUUUUAAUCUUAAAGUUUUAUAAUAAUCAGUGUCAUUGAACCAGAAGAAAAGUGGCAUUGUUGUUUUUGUAUAUAAAGCAUUGCAAUGCAUGAAGUAGCUUAUGCAUUUUAUUAAAUGCCGUUAAAAUGUGGAGUUAUGUUGUGGCUUAAAAAAAUCCAUACAGAGCUGUUUGUAUGAUUAAAUUACAUAAUGCAAUUAAA